UUCCUCUUUCCCGUGUAUUAUCGGCAGAGGUCGCAUGGCAGAGAGGGAAGUCCGACCACUUCUGUGUUAGUGCGAGAAUAUGUGCACAACAAAGCCAGUGUGAGCGCACCGAGCCAGAGAGACGCACGCAGGAAGAGGCUGAGACUUAUUCGACCGGCGGACGAAAAAGCCUAAGACUCGUUAAGUUGUGGAGCGUUUGACUUGAUUUGUUGUGGAAUACCGGGAUCGAGUUUUUUUUUUGGCAGCACGUGUGUGCAUCCAUGACAGUCUGAGCAUCGCCGCGCCGCACUUAGGAGUGCACCGACAACUUCUUUCUCUCCCACUCUCUCUUUUCUCCUUCUGCUUUUUUUUUUUUUUUUUUUUUUUGGUCGAGACAACAGUUUUGAGUCCACGCCGGGAGUGAUUUGAUGCGUUCAGGCUCGCUCAACCUGAGAUGGACGUGAGAUUUUACCCUGCACCCCCGGCCAAUGUGGGUUCAUGCUCCCUACCUGCUGACCCGACUUGCUUGAGCUCGCUGGACUAUUACCACUCCAACAAGGCCCGGUACAGUGUGGGUGAGCGAGGGGUCAGGCUCCACUCUGCCCCCCCUCCAGGCAUCAGUCCAGCUAGGAAAAGACUGCCCACUGCUGUGUUUGAUGGUGACAACAUGUACAUGAAUGACAAUAACCAAGAGUUUCGGUCACCAAACCAGAGCUAUUCCAGUCAGGGCAGAGGCAGCAGUGGCGGUGGAGGAGGUGGAGCAGGGGAUGAAGACUACGAGAUCCCCCCAAUUACGCCCCCCAACCAUGCUGACCCCUCUCUGCUGCACCUCAUGGAGCAUGAGUCAGGGUACCCCUUCCACUCUUUGCCCCACAAUGGCCUGCUCAACACCUACUCCUACCCUGAGCUGCCCGCCCUUAUGAUGUCCAACAUGCUGGGUCAGGACACCCACCUCCUCUCGGGGCAUAUGCACUCAAUAAGCAACGACAAGCGGGCCGCCGCAGAAAUGAUGAAGCCCAAACCCAAACCCCAAAAGAAGAAGAAGAAGAAGGACCCCAACGAGCCACAGAAGCCUGUGUCGGCGUACGCGCUCUUCUUCCGAGACACCCAGGCGGCCAUUAAGGGUCAGAACCCCAAUGCCACCUUUGGAGACGUCUCUAAGAUUGUGGCCUCCAUGUGGGACAGCCUAGGAGAGGAACAGAAGCAGGGUUACAAGAGGAAAACUGAGGCGGCAAAGAAGGAGUACCUGAAAGCCUUGGCGGCGUACAGAGCAAGCCUGGUUUCCAAGACAUAUAAUGAUCCAGAGCCAAAAAGUGCCCAGCAGACAAACCAGCCCUCCCACAUGCUGCCCCCAAAGCAGGCUCUGUACAGCCCCCAGCCCUCCUCACCCUACCUGGGCCCGUCGGGCUCCUUCCCCCUGUCGGACCUCCAGAGCUACGCCGGACCGCCGCGCCACAGCCUGGCCUCCACCCUCAGCCAAUCGCAGAUGCUGCCACCCAGCAUGAGUGCCUCGCCCCCUUCCCCCUUCCAGAUCAGCCCACCCCUUCACCCCCACGCCCAGCUCUCCCUGCACCAGAGCCCCCUGCUCAACCAGCCAAUCCGCAUGCAGCAGUCGCAGCCAAUCAUCUCACACCAAAUGGGGCUCCAGGCGCCUUUGCAUUCCCCUCCUCUCGGCCAACAGGGGUUUUCCCACAUUCAGGCUGACUACCAGAACAGUGUUGGGGGCUCCCAGUCUCCAGGAGCCCCCAACCCAGUGCAUGGCCAGAACCCUGACUGGGACAGUGAAUACUGCAACAGGGACUGUGGACCCAACCAUUGCAGCAGUGGCAUGGGAGCUCGGGACAAGCCGCUCUACCUCACUUGAAGUUGAAAGAGUUCCGCACGUUUGAUUCCAGGGAGAUCUCCAACAUGACAUCAUCAAUAUAUCCGCUUUAACACCGUUUUGGUUCCUUUUCUUUCUUCUUCUUCUUCUUCUACUUCUGGUGGAUUUUGAAAAUCCCAAAGACUGCUCCAGCAUCUUCACCUAUUUGCCAAGCACUUAGAUCGGCCACGAGCCUGAGGCACUUUUCUUUUUUCUCUCUCUCUUAUCGCUCGACUUUGGCUUCUUUUUUUUUUCUUUUUUUUUCCGCGGGGGCAGCGAGCUAUGAGCUCAUGCCAGCCUACUGGAAAGAAAAUGUCCUCUCGGGCUUUGGUUUUGAAAUUUCUAGAGAUGCUUUCAGGAGGGCGGCAAACUCAGAGCAUCCUCGAAGAGAAAGGCUCGGCAGGUGUGCGCGUACUUUCCAAAGCAUCAACGCCCAUCAUGAAGGACUUCCUCCGUUCUUUAUUUCUCACAGAGAGAUUGUAAAUAUCACCAAAAAAAACCCCAGCAGACCCCUCCUAUGUGUGUAUUUAGCUUUCAAACGGUCUUCUCCCCCAAAUACGAGAGAGAGAGAGAGAGAGAGGAGGGGGGGACAAUCCGGUCUCCCUGACGAUGGGGAGCUGUCGUCACAUGACCUCAGGACGUUUGCAGAACUGCAGAGGUCGAAGAUUUCAACCUUUUAUGACCCUCCUCCCGCACCCCCUAGCCACGCCCCCUGCCCCCCCGCCCCCCCAUCCCCUCCAACACCACUUGUACAGGUGAAUAAAAAAAAUAAAAAAAAGCUAAAUGUGAAAUGUUAACUAAAGAAAAAAAACAGUGGGUUUUGAAGUUUUGACUAGUUUUAUUAGGUGUUUUAGAAUUGUGUUGAACUCAUCUUUAUCAUCUUUUAUGGAGAAUUAAAAAAAAAAAAAGAAAAAAAAGUCUAUUUUGGUUUUCACUGUAGCAGGAUUUAAAGACGGGGUAUAAAAUUCAGUUUUGUGUAUAAAGCCUGCCAAAUGUACUUCUAUCAUGUCACCAAGCAUUUUUCUUUGACAUAAUGGACAUUAUAUUAUAUUGGGUUGGUUUAUUAUUGAUAAAGAAGUAACAUGCUGGCUUUUCUCAUCAGGGUGCAUUAUGAUUAUUAUUCAUAAUUAUUAUUAUUCUAACAUGAGUCAUUGAAAUAUUUUCAGAAAGUAUUGUUGGUACAUUACCACUGGACCAGCAUUAGCUUCAUUUCGUGUCACAAAUAUUCCUUUGUUUUCUUUUUGUCUGUAAUAAAAUGUUGAAAGUAUUUGUGUCGUGUCACUGACUCACAACAACACAAUCCCAACAACUUGCUUUGAUCACAUGGCUCGUUAGGUCAGAUGGCGUGGCUUCUUUAUUUUUUGCAACCUCUUUUUUUCCUCAUCACAUUUAAUCAAUAUCAUAUAUCAAGAAACUUUUUUCUUUUUUUUCUGCCCAACGGUCAUUUUUGUUUUUGAUUAAAGUGCGAUGAUGAAACUGAGAGUUAAUGCAGCAGUGCACAGCCUUUCAGAGAACCACCUGAGGAGAAAAUAUAAAAUACACACUCACACACUGCCUUUUACUUUUGAAUUUCACAGUUGGAUUACAGAUCGAAUGGAAAUAGAAUCUCUCUCUCUUUCUCUCUCUCUCUCUCUCUCUCUCUCUCGCUCUCUCUCUCCUUUCAUGAUAAUACAGUGCCCCCUACAGUUGAUUCAUAAAAUAACCCAGAAAUGGUUUAAAAAAAAAUUGAAGGAAAAAUAAAUUCAAUAAAAUAUUCUUAAGGAGUAAAAUAUUUCUAUAAUUGCCUAAAGUUAAAAGAGGAUGCUCGAAUGUGAGCGUGGAUACAGAGUCAUGACUUGAAUUGAUUAUCUUGCGCCUCUGCCGCCACCUGCCGGUGAUAGAGCGCAUAGCAAGCAAACUAACCUAAUGUUCUAGAUUUCUUUCUUGUUGGAAAUAGACGGCUUUAAAAAAUAAAAUAACCUCUGUCACCACCU